AGCGAGCGAGUGAGUGCGUGUGAGUGUGCGCAUCAGCUGAUAGAUGUUCAUAUAGGAGUGAAGACGCGUGGCAGUGACAAUGUGUUAUAGGUUAGCGUAGUCAUCAUAGGUUUAUCUUAGACGCCGAACGCGAUAGACACAAAAAAGUGGACGUACCGGCACGUAUCAGCUCGGCAGGGCUUGAUCAGCGCUAAUCUUAGCAAACCACUAACCGCUUGGUCUCCUUUUACGCUCCUGGCUGCAGCUGACGUGCUGCGGCCACCGUUGCAGCCGCUGCUGUCGCCGCCGCCACUGCCAAGUUCACGGCCAGCGAACAGCCGCUCAGGAAACUGCUAGCCGUUCUGGCAGGCAGGAAGCAAACAUCGUCCAACUACCCGAGCGUUGGACCUGCUUAAGCGUCCAGAUAGCGAGCAACUGUGUCCGCCAGCCAACGAGCGAGUUGUUUGCUAACGCCGGUCAACGUCAACUCCAACGUAACCUAACCGGCGAAUAGGUAAACAUCGAGGUUGACGACCAGCGUUAGCCAGGCUAAAGAUGUCUACCGGGAGUUCUUCGAUUAGUUGAGUUCAGACGCUGUAGAUGGACCCCAGUUGGUAACUAUACUGAUCAGCUAGUCACCGAGUGAGUCUAAACGUUAACAUUGAGCUUCACACAGUUUACCGAAACGAGCUCACAUUAUCGCCGAUAACUAUUGCCAGCGUCAGACAAUCAAAAUGUAUCAUCUACGCAAGAUCGACCGCGAAGAAUGAGGGGCUAGGAGCGGAAAAUCACGCAACAGUGAGCUCCAACUGCCACCUAGUAGCUGCCAUUAGCAACACUGCCAUCAGCUGUGGCUAUCAGCUGUGCUAGUUAAUAGUACUAGGCACUACUGUGUAAAUAAUUGCAGCUAUUAACAAACUGUUCAAGUAGUAUAGAACGCGCGAGUUUGAGAGAAAACGACUUGUGCCGACGCUACAGGUGAUCCCAUCACCGUGUCGCUUGCCCGUUCAUUCUGGCAACGGUUGCAGUAGACGAAGAUACUGGCGAAUUCGACCGGCCACUUGCCUCGCCUAAAGCUGAACCCGAUUGAAAUUCAGUCGUUUCAGCCAGCCACGGAUCACCGAAUAUGUACCCAUCGACCAACUACAAUUGGGCGAUCGGCACCGGCAGUGAGUUCAGCCAGACAAUCAGGCAGUGAAUCAGUUAUCCAGACCUCGAUAUUAACGAUCCCAUUACGCCAGCCACAGAACGAACCCGCGACGGAGCGAAUGCCUUUUCGACUUUUACGUCCGGAACCGCCGCUAGACGUUAUUACGUCAGAGUGGAACUGCUUCUACAACUACCGCUAGAGUUGUCAUAAAUUGAAGUGGUGUAGCAUUGUCAGGCUAGAAGCAAGUUAGCCAGAUGACGUCCUGAAGCCGGGCUCGCUGAGACGGGACGUGUGAUGAACGUUCAAGAAACACCAAUCGCCGCCGUAACAGCAGGAGUAACAUCAGCGACCGUAGUUGUAGCGACCGUUCGAUGCGACCAUUUUCUUCAUCGAUCGAAUCAAUCUGUCAGAGCACUCCACGACCUUCCCAUUACUGCCAGUAACGCAAGCUUCCGUCUUUACCAGCAGUUCCAUCCCGAGAAUAGAUCGCUGACUGGCAAAAGUCCGUAGCUGCAGGACCAUCUCCUGUAGGCUCGCUGGCAACGGGCUUUGGCCAACCCGGACAGAACGGAGGACGGCAAUCGACAACCGACAAAACAACAGAAAAUAAGCACACAUUCACAGAUAACCAGCACGCCAGCCAGAUAAAACGACGGCGGCGGUCGGGGCAGCAGUCUGAACUGAGGCGAAACUAGGAGACGCGAAGGCUUGCUAUAAACUUUCGAGAGUAGUCGGCCAGAAAAGAAGGCACCCCGAGAAAAACCAAGGAUCGGUAAAAAAGCAGCUGCCGCGAAAGUGCGCGGUCCAACUAGGUACAGAUUGGCAGCCGUUUCUGGCUCAAUCCAACCUACUUCGUGUAGCUAGGAGGCAUACGAACCCAUGGACUUGUGCCAGGUUGAGGGCCCGCUAGGUGGCCAACAGUUAGUAUCUGCCGGCGCUAAGGAACGUAUCGAACGAAUUCUCAACGAUGUCUCACAAUUGUCAGACGUUGAGAAACUCUACUUAUAUCUUCGGCUACCCGGGGGAGCCAAGGUCACGCAGAACAAUCCGGCAAGCUUCUAUCCGCUCCUGGGCAAAAAGUCACACUCACAGGUGGGUCAUACAUAUGCUUGGAUUAGGGGCCACCUCGAAGAGGAUCGGGAUGUCUCUUUGCCGAAACAGGAAGUUUACAACGAGUACAAGGCAUACUUCGAGGCACAUUCGUUAGAAGCCUUAUGUACGGCCGAUUUUGGCAAGGUUAUGAAACAUGUAUUUCCAGGUGUCAGGGCCCGACGUCUCGGUGAAAGAGGUAACAGUCGCUACUGUUAUUCUGGCUUGUCAAAAAAGGUUAAAUCGGAGUCCCCUUCAACCAUUAAUUUGGAAACGCCCGGGGUCUGCACGGAACAAAACCAGAAUCAAUCGUCGAAACGAAUUUCGCAACUUCGCCUUUUGCUGGAUGAAUAUUCGCCGGGCUCGCCCGCUGCCGGAGAUGCAGCCUUGCUUGAUUCAGGAGUCUCAUCUGUUGCGACGUCUCCACGAGAACGACCAGCGAGUGGGCCUGGAGUCUUCACUUACUAUCCGACAAAGGACAAGGGUCUUGGCGAGACACAGGAGUUCGCUCAGCGGCUUCGAAGUCAGAGCGCUCCUAUCGAGCCGAUAGGGAAUACGGCACCGACUCCUGCAGGAACCCUCACUGACGAUUUCCUGCCUGGAGGUGGUAUCGAGUUCGAUGACGUCUUCAGCAAUAUGGACCUGUUAACAAAUCCACAGGAGUAACUAACUGUCGAAUAGGCCUUUUAUUUUUUCUUAGAAUACAUCUAUGUAAAAGCGAUUGACUAAAAAAAGCUGGAAAUACAACGUCGGUGAAGUGAACUGGGGUUGUUUGGGAUUUUCGUGUUCGAAACAAAAUAGAAUGGUGAGUCGGUGUAUGAAACCGAGGCGUGUGUUGUCGGAGGACACGUAACAUUGUUAUACAUCAACUUAUAUAUAACUUUGGAGAUUGCGCGAUUGAGUAUGUUUACCAAAGCGCAAAUUUAUAUAGAUAUUAUGCAGAACAAGAAAUAUAAAACAACAAAAAAAAUAUGUAUAUAUUUAUCGUGGAUGCCCUAUCGUGCCGGGAGAACAAGGGAAAAGACAAACCCAGAAACAAGCAGACUUCCUAUAGCUGGUUUAAAGCCAUACUGUCAUUCGUAAUCGAGUGUCAUAGAACGAAAAAAUCGACUAUAUACCUAUAAAGUUGAUGCAUUCGGCAGCUUGACCUGAAGGCCUACUCGUAAUUUACCGUCAAAAAACAAGGGCAAUAUUGCUCGUGCUGAAACUUGAAGGCUCGUUUGGAAUACCUACGCAUUUGAUUAGCGGAUCUCCAUUAACUUGUUUUGUAGUAGAACUCAUUAAGGAGUGUCUAAUAUCGCUUGAACAAACCCAGCUUCUUAGAAUGUUUUACAACUUAGACAGAUUUGUGGAUAAGUAAAUUCCGAGAAAUCAAAUAUUAACAGGCUUGAUUAGCAAACACAACCUAUCUUAAGCACAGGGCAUCUCAUAAACAAUAAAACAACUAAACAAUUCUGUGCAAAUAUAUUUGUACAGAAGCUCGUACUACCGCAUGCUUCAGUUGAUUUUUACUACGAGCCGAAGUUAAGUUGUAUAGACUCGAUUUGUUAUCCUGCUGAUCAUCUUGUUUUUGUUAAUGUUUCUGUCGGUUUCAUUUAUUUCUUCUAUAUAUGUUUGUGCAAUCAUGUUCGAUGCCCAAUGUUGAAAGCGCCACCAAUCAUCAAGUGCUACCCGAAUACGUCAGAUGGCGCUAAUCUAAGACUUGACAAUAGGCACCCUUACCUACGGUAAGGCUAUUUACCGAAUGCUGGUGGCGCUGCCUGUGAUCCUUUUCAGUGCAGAAACAAUUCCCAGCUUGCGGAGGACGAGAAAUACAUUACUGGAUCUCCCUUAUAAGAACGGCACAAAAAACGAUGAGAAGACGAGAUGACCGUGGCAUUAGACAUGUCUCCAGAAUACAAAAUAUCGUGUGUGGCUUAAGUAGAAGUGUUCAGGCAGAAAAUUAAACGAUGUCUUGGGUAGCCACCCCACCUUAGGCUGGCGAACGCUGGGUUUUUGACGCGCAGCAAAGUGACAAUAUGUGAUAAGUCAAACAGUCGUUAAAAUGAACACAUAUUAUUAUAUAAUACAAUAUAACAUAGGCGACUCUAUAAGUAGUUCUUUUGCUCUUCUGUGAUGACGUUGUUAAAUUUGGUGUUGCCCAAUGCAGGGAAUCGUUGAUGUUAUUAUUUACCCAAAACUAUUUGUCAAUUAUUGUGGUAGCAGGGCCAUAUAUAUAUAAAAUAUAUUAUCUAUUAUAUAAUGAGUGCGUAAUGAAAAAAAUAAUGGUAAAAUAUACGAUACUAUAAUAAAACGAUAUAUACAGACGGCCAGUGGUCGUUUAAAUCUUGCA